GUCUGAUGUCACGUGAGGGCCAGAUUCCGCCCUCCUAGCGCAGCCCCGGCCAUGUUAUUUCCCUCUCAAGCUCCCUCUCUUCCUCUCUGUCGCGGUGGCCGUAAGUGCUCCGGGCCGGCUAUCGGCUCUCCGCUUUCUUGACAGGUAUUUAAUUAUGAUUUACACUGAACAGUAAAGAUCUGGAGAUCAUAAAGGAUCUAUUGAAACAAUGGCAACAAAAUCAUCGCUCCUUAAAGUAAUCCUUUUAGGAGAUGGAGGAGUUGGAAAGAGUUCAAUUAUGAACAGAUAUGUUACUAACAAAUUUGAUGCCCAGUUAUUCCAUACAAUAGGUGUAGAAUUCUUAAAUAAAGAACUGGAAGUGGAUGGACACUUUGUCACAAUGCAGAUAUGGGACACUGCAGGCCAGGAACGAUUUAGGAGCUUGAGGACUCCCUUCUACAGAGGUUCUGACUGCUGCCUUCUCACUUUCAGUGUAGAUGAUUCUCAAAGCUUCCAAAAUCUGAACAACUGGAAAAAAGAAUUCAUUUACUAUGCAGAUGUGAAAGAGCCUGAAACAUUCCCUUUUGUGAUACUGGGUAAUAAAGUUGAUAUAACUGAGAGGCAAGUAUCUACAGAAGAAGCCCAGGUCUGGUGUAGAAACAGUGGCAACCAUCCUUACUUUGAAACGAGUGCAAAAGAUGCCACUAAUGUUGCAGCAGCUUUUGAGGAAGCCGUUCGAAGAGUUCUUGCUACUGAUGAUAGAUCAGAUCACUUGAUUCAAACAGAUACAAUAAAUCUUCACCGAAAGCCCAAACCUAGUUCAUCAUGCUGUUGACUAUUUAGCUUCCAUUUUUAACUGGGAAUAAUAGAACAUAUGAUUUAUUGAAUGGCACUCUAAUAUAUUAAACUGUAAUAUUUUACUGCUUUAUGUGCUGGCCAGAAGAUUCUCUUCAAUGUGACCUAUUAUUAAUUAAAUCGUAUCUGACAUUUGGGGAAGGUAUUAACUCAAGAAUUCAUCUAAUUUAAGUGUUUGAAUAAUAAAUUAUAUACUAAAACUUGAAAGUUCUAGAAGCACUACUUGGGGACUCAGACGAGGAAUAGAAAUUUUAUAUCUACAUGUAUAUUUUUGAGGUCACUAAUUCAUGUUUUGCUUCACUAAAACCUUUUUCAUAAAGCAAUAUUAGUAGAUAGUACAUUCUUAUUCACGAUUGCAUCUUUCAUGUUUUUUAAAAAGAUCUGAUUUAAUAUAAAUAUUUUAAGGGCUUUUGCUAUUUGCCUGUCACUGAACUGCCUGUAGAUUUUAAGUUAGAUAAUAAAUAUGCAUAUAUGGAGCCUGUCCGUGUUUGUCUU